GGUCGAUCUGCCACUCGUAAGUUCUCUUUUAGUUUCGGCAGUCUGUUGCUCGAUUCCUUUCUCCUCCAGCCCAAGGAAAACUGCAACCAGAUCUAGAAACCCUCAUUCUCCUGUGGCGGAAGAUUGAAGAAUGGAGAAGAAGAGUAGGCGCAUUUUGGUAGUUGGAGCUCUGUUGUUGGCGAUUUGGGCGCUGUCAGUGAAUGCCGAUGAUUCUGAGAAGACUAUUGUGAAGACGGUGAAGGGGAAGAAGAUGUGUACCAGAGGAUGGGAGUGCAAAGAUUGGUCUAUAUACUGUUGCAAUCAGACAAUAUCAGAUUUCUUCCAGACUUACCAGUUUGAGAAUCUCUUCUCAAAGAGAAAUUCCCCAGUUGCUCACGCUGUCGGUUUUUGGGAUUACCAAUCUUUCAUUAUGGCUUCAGCCCUUUUCCAGCCUCUCGGAUUUGGCACCACCGGUGGAAAGCUUAUGCAGAUGAAGGAAAUAGCUGCCUUCUUCGGUCAUGUUGGAAGCAAAACCACUUGUGGUUAUGGAGUGGCCACAGGAGGACCAUUGGCCUGGGGUCUUUGCUACAACAAGGAAAUGAGUCCUAGCCAGUCAUACUGUGAUGACUUUUACAAGUACACUUAUCCUUGUUCUCCUGGUGCUGAAUAUUACGGCCGUGGAGCCUUGCCAAUCUACUGGAACUAUAACUAUGGAGCUAUUGGAGAAGGUAUAAAGGCAGAUUUGUUGAACCAUCCUGAAUACAUAGAGCAAAAUGCCACCCUUGCAUUCCAGGCUGCAAUUUGGAGGUGGAUGACCCCAAUAAAGAAAUCACAGCCCUCAGCCCAUGAUGCCUUUGUUGGCAAUUGGAAACCCACCAAGAACGAUACUUUGGCUAAGCGGGUUCCUGGCUUUGGUGCGACAAUGAAUAUUCUCUAUGGUGAUCUUGUUUGUGGCCAGGGCGAUAUUGAUGCCAUGAACAACAUCAUUUCACAUUAUCAAUAUUACCUGGACUUGAUGGGAGUAGGUCGAGAAGAGGCAGGGCCCCAUGAUGUUCUUACUUGUGCUGAGCAGAUCCCAUUCAAUCCAUCCAAUUCCAAUCCUACUGCAUCUUCUUGAGCUUUUGCAUGCUGCUGUAGACAGCCCGUGGCAUCCAUAUAGUAGUGCUCUAAAUAAAAUGUGCGUCAGCUAAGAUCAUAAUGUUGUUUUCAACUUCGUGUCGUUUGUGAUAGCUAAAUUGUUUGGAGUAAUUACAAUAUGGAUUGGAUGUAUGAUUCUUGUAGAUUUUCAUAUUCAUUUAAUCCAUAAUUUGCUUUGUAAGUGGUUUUGCAUCUGUCAUAAGACGAUAUUAUACCAUUUGUUGUUCUGUAUUUAAUUGAAUACAUUCUGUUUCCUGUAA